CGUAGCAUCAUGGAGAGACAGAGAGCGAGUGAGAGAGUGAGGUUCCUUGAUCAUGUGCCGAUACAAAAUAUAAUGGUGUCUCUACUCUCUGUUGUUUUGACUUUCCUUGCUCUUAUUCUCAUUCCUGGACUCUUCAUCUCUCGGCGACUAAGUGUUCCUCUCUCCUUGACAAAUAUCCUUAGAUUCAUCAAACUCGCAGCUUAUCGAUACGAUGAUGAGGAAGAGAUGAAAGAAAAACGUGGUACGAUGGGAGAGAAAGAGAAACAAGGGAGAAUGCCAAAGCACGUGGCGGUAAUAUUGGAUGGAAACAGACGUUGGGCAGAGAAACGAGGACUCGGGACAUCACAAGGUCACGAAGCCGGAGCGAGAAGACUCGUGGAAAAUGCUAAGGACUGUUUCGCUAUGGGGAUAAACACUGUCUCACUCUUUGCUUUCUCCACUGAAAAUUGGGCUAGACCUGAGGAUGAAGUUAACUGUUUGAUGGCUUUGUUUGAGAAACACUUCAAGUCUGAGAUGCCUUCCUUCCAAAGAGAUAAAAUCAAGAUCUCGGUUAUUGGGAACCGGGAUAAAAUCCCCGAGUCGCUUUUAGGUUUGAUACGAGAUGCAGAAGAGGCUACAAAGGAUUACAAAGAGAAGCAACUCAUUAUUGCGAUAGACUAUAGUGGAAAAUUUGAUAUCUUACAAGCAUGCAAAAGUCUUGCGGAAAAGGUGAAAAAAGGGCUGAUCAAAGUUGAGGAUAUUGACGAGACGGCGAUGGAUAAAGAGUUGAUGACAAAGUGUAGUGAGUUCCCAAACCCUGACCUAUUGAUCAGAACGAGUGGAGAGCAAAGGAUCAGUAACUUCUUCUUAUGGCAAUCUGCUUACACUGAGCUUUAUUUUCCCAAUGUUCUAUGGCCUGACUUUGGCGAAGCUGAGUAUCUUGAGGCCUUGACUUGGUAUCAGCAAAGGCAGAGGCGAUUUGGUCGACGAAGCCAGUCAAUAGAACUUAAUCUUGACAUAUUCACACCUUAUAUUCCAAAAACAACAGAGCUUUUGCAAACUCUCUCUACAAUGUUGCCUCUGCUCUGUUUCUUCCUGUCUCUUCUCUCUCUUCUUUUACUUCCUCGUCUCCGACCAUGUUUUCUGGCGAAAGAAUCUCAAAAAGAUGAAAAGGAGACUGGCAAGGGAACUAAUGUGGUCGGAGAGGAGGCGCUGCCUAGAGGGCUUCGGAGAGAGCUGAUGCCUAGACACGUGGCAGUGAUAAUGGAUGGAAACCGGAGAUGGGCCAAACAGGCCGGAUUGCUGACGUCACAAGGCCACGAGGCCGGCGCUAAACGGCUUAUAGAGUUCGCCGAGCUCUGCUUCAGUAUGGGGAUAACUACUGUAUCAGCUUUUGCUUUCUCCACUGAGAAUUGGGGCAGACACAAGAUUGAAGUUACAUGCUUGAUGUCUUUGUUCCAACGUUACCUCAAGACAAAGAUCCAAUUUUUCCAAAGCGAGGAAAUCCUAGUUUCUGUUAUUGGGAAUCUCGCAAAUGUCCCUGAAUCUCUCCUCGGAGUAAUCAAGGAGACAGAAGAAGCUACUAAGAGCUACAAGAAGAAGCAUCUCAUCUUGGCCAUAGAUUACAGCGGGAGAUUCGACAUCUUGCACGCUUGCAAGAGCCUUGUGAAGAAAUCAGAACAAGGGCUAAUCCGGGAGGAAGACGUGGAAGAGACGUUGUUCGAGAGAGAGCUUAUGACCAAGUGUACAGAGUUCCCGAGUCCUGAUCUCAUGAUUAGGACAAGUGGAGAAGAAAGGGUGAGUAACUUCUUCCUGUGGCAGCUCGCCUAUACCGAGCUUUUCUUCUCCCCGGUCCUUUGGCCUGAUUUUGAUAAGGAUAAGUUUCUAGAGGCCCUUGUUUCUUAUCAGCGCAGGGAAAGACGAUUUGGCUGUCGGGCUGACAAGCUUGCGUCUCGUUUUCAGUACCUACCAUAUUUAACGCAGAGUGAAACUUCAAUUAAAACUAUAUAUCGGACAGUUCGAUUGCAUCAAUAUUCGUGGAAGCGAGUGGUUAGUGGUUACGCGAGUCCUAGUGAUGCAUAG